AUGAGACGGACCCCCCCUGUGGUGCCCAACAAAUUGGGCCUGGGGGACUUGACCCUCAUGUCCCGAGGACUGGUCAUCGCCCCGCGCCCCUGGACCGCCCAGCACAUCAGCAUCACACACACACCUGGCUCUACACACUCAUAUACACACACACCUGUGGAAGGACAAGGAGCAGGGGAACCCAGAAAGACAGCACUGCAGUCAGACUCAGUCUCAUUGGUACAGUCAGCCCCAGAUGAGCAUCUGUCCCUGGAGGAGAUCAAGGCCCUGCUCCCCCGGAGGCUGGGGGAGAGGCUGGAGGAUGUGAGGGCAGCGUUCAAGGCCCUGGACCCUGAGGGGAGCGGCUCAGUGACCCGGGGGGAGUUCAGACAGGUGGUGGAGGCCUUCCUCUUCCCCCUCACGCAGACCCAGCUCAACACCAUGCUGGCCAAGGUGUCUAAGAGAGACAGUGUAACGGUGGACUACAUGGACUUUCUCAGGAGGUACAGCAGGGUGACUACAGCACAGAGACCCUACAGCUCUACAGCACAGAGACCCUACAGCUCUACAGCACAGAGACCCUACAGCUCUACAGCACAGAGACCCUACAGCUCUACAGCACAGAGACCCUACAGCUCUACAGCACAGAGACCCUACAGCUCUACAGCACAGAGACCCUACAGCUCUACAGCACAGAGACCCUACAGCUCUACAGCCUCCUCUACAGCACAGAGACCCUACAGCUCUAAAGCCUCCUCUACAGCACAGAGACCAGACAGCUACCACAGGUGUGUCUCUGGAUCAGACCAGAGGGGUAUGACCUUGACUGAGAUACAGCAACGCCUCAAACACAAGAUUGGGAGCAACUUGAAGAAUGUAAUCCGGGCCUUUCGUCUGUUCGACUACAACCGAGAUGGACAGAUCCAGCAACACGAGCUGCGCAGGAUACUGGAGAACUACUGCUUCCCCUUAUCACAGAGAGACUACCAGAGACUGUGGACCCACCACAGCCCUAACAACAUGGCAACCAUGUCCUACAAAGUGUUCCUGGAGAAGCUGGGCCUGGAAUCUAACAAGUGCAGGAAGCUUGUCCCGGAGCCUCCAAAGCUAGCAUUGGGCUGGCAAGAAAUUAGUCCUCCAGACAAGAUAAAACUGAGGAACAGAGCCUUGUCCCAGAAUGCAACAGGAGAUACACAGGAGAUCCAAGGCCUGACUCAAGAUGAGCUGCAGACGCUCUUCCUGGAAAAGUUGUGUGUGAGCUGUACCCUAGUGUGGAGAGCACUGCAAGCGUUUGAUGUCACCCACUCUGGACUGGUGUCACAGGAAGACCUGAGGGCCGUCCUCAGCAGCUUCCUGUUUCCCAUGAGCCUCAGCACCUUCCAGAGCCUGACCUGCCGUUUUGGGGUGAGAGCAACAGGGCCUGUCAAAUGGAAACAGUUCCUGGGUCAGUUUCAAGGUCCAGUCACAGAGGAGGACGACACCACUCCUCAAACAGAGAGGGUUCCUGAGCUAUCUGCCGCAGAGGAGGGCCAUCGGAGUCUAACAGAGUUCUACCCUAUACUGAGGAGAGCCUUUAAACAGUUGGACAGGGGCUCCUGGUCCAGCCGCAUGGAGCCCCACACCCCCAGGCCCCGUCUGAGUCCAGCCCAGGUUAGAGAGCUCCUGAUCCUGCUGGACCCAGAGCACACUGGGGUCAUCACCCAGCCCAGCCUGGAGCUGCUCAAACCCAGGAGGGUGCACUCUUCCCCGGGGAGGGAGAAACUACACACCCCUACUGGAGGAUUGAAAGAGGAGGUCAUGGAGGAUGCGGCUCAGACAGCGGAGGACUGCCUCGGUGUGAUCAAAGAGAAGAUCGAAAACAUCCACGGGGACAUCCUGUCAGCGUUCCGUGUGAUGGAUCAGAACUGUGACAGGGUGGUGGACAGGCAUGACUUCAGAGAGCUGUAUGACAGUCUGGGCCUGGUCACCAAGGAGAGGGAGUACCAGCGCCUGCUACAGCUGCUGGGCCUGCAGCCUGGAGCCAACCUCAACUACCCAGAGUUCUUCACCCUCGUCCAAUCCAGCGGCAAGACCCGCAGGCAGAAUUUCAAGCCAGCCAAUGGGCCAGACCAACUGCAUGACCACCUGGUGUCCAACGCACGCCACAGAUGGACUGCUAUGUCAAAGGUGAUUUGUCGCUUUGAUGAAGAUGCUCAGGGUCUGGUCUUUAAGAAAGACCUCAGGAGUCUCCUCUAUACCUACGACCUCCCCAUCAGUCCUGAUGAGUUUGAGGAACUGUGGGCCAGGUAUGAUGGAGAAGGGCGUGGCUACCUCACAUGUGCUGCGUUCCUGGAGAAGCUGGGCGUGGAUCAACAGGAGGUGGGACAUGCGAGGAAGGAUGCAGACACCACUCCCACAGAUGGUCUCCCUGUAGGGGCUACGCUUCAGGACGUUGAGCGCUUGGUGCAGGGUAACUGUGAGGGGUUGAGCAGUGCUCUGACCCGUCUGGAUAAGAAGAGAGAGGGCCUAGUCAGGGUGGAGGACCUACAGAGUCUGCUCCAGAGAUACAACUGUCCCCUACACAGACACCAGCUCACCCACCUCCUACACACACUCAAGGUUCCAAUGGACAGUGAGGACAGGACGUUGUCAUACGUGGACUUCCUGAAGGCGUUUGACCACGUGACAGGGAAGGGGUGUGAGCACCCCCCUAGGACCUGUGGAUCCCCUGACCCAGCCGAGAGUCUGGAGUGGCUCAGUCCUGAAAGAGCUGCUGGUAGGAUACGGGAACUGGUCACUGCAUCGAUGGAUAUACUCCACAAGGCCUUCUCUGCCUUCGACAGGAGUGGGAACGGGACAGUCACCCCUCUGGAGUUCCGGCGGGUGCUGGACCAUUUUUGUGCCCGCCUUUCGGACCCCCAGUUCAGAUUCCUGCUCGACAGAAUGAAGCUGAACUGGGAGAACCGCACGGUGUACUGGAGAGACUUCCUCAACCAGUUCAACCUAUGCAACCUGGACAACCCUGAGGAUUGGUCAGACAGAGUGGGUAAGGCAGGUUUCCCCGCCCAGCCCCAGCCUCUGCCAAUCAGUGAGGAAGUUGUCUCCGCCUGCCUGUACACCAUCACCAAGGAGAUAGUGGACUUAGAACACACCCAUAAUGACACCAUCUCUAAAGAGGACUUCAGAAUGAUGUGUGACCGCCAUUUCAUGAGGCUCACCAGUGACCAGUUCGAGAGGGUGUGGGAGAAGCUGCCAGUGAAUGUGCUGGGGGAUCUGGAGUACAGGGAGUUCCUGAAGCACGCCAGUGGAGCUGUUGCGAUAAGGGACAAGACCACAGACCCAGAGGACAUCAGUCCCCUGAAAUCUGCAUCACCACCAUCCCCUGGGCUCAUAGAUAUGUCACCAUCACCACCAUCCCCUGGGGCCAUAGAUAGGAUGUCAUCCUCCCCACCAGCUCUACAGAGACCAAAGACUACAGGCAGCAACCUCCAACGCUCAAAGUCGGAGGUGGGUGUGUCCAGCAGGGCCAGACGCCCGUCCACGGCUGGGAGAGAGAAGGAGGGCCCCCUGGUGGACUGUGAGGAGGUGGAGAGGAGGCUGAAGGGGGAGGUGCAGCGCUGCUGGAGGGACAUUCAAAGGAGGUGCAGGGAGGAGGACAGAGAGAGAGACGGAGAGAUCAGCACACGCUGCUUCCUGGACAUCCUGCAAAGCCUCAAUGUCAGUGUGACCCAGAAGGAGCUUGAUCGUCUGGCCGUAAAGUUCGACAUGAGGGACAGUGGGCGCGUGUCAUAUCUUGACUUCCUACGUCACUUCCUCCUCAACCUCGAACCGCCAGCGGUCAGACAGCCCUUUGAGCGGGCCAAACUACCUCUCUCUACUACACCGAUGAGUGGGGGUGUUCUCAGUAGACAGUGUGUGGAAGCAAUGCUGAGGCUCUAUGGCCCGGUCCAGCAGUUCUGGCGCUCCUUGAGGCAAAACUUUGUUACCUUCGACCACAACCGCAGUGGCAAAAUCUCUAUCAAGGAAUUCAGAAAGGUACUAAGGCAGUUCAGAGUGAACCUAUCUGAGGAGGAAUUCUUCCACCUCACCUCUUUCUUUGACAAGAACACUACGGGGAAGAUCUCCUACAAUGACUUCCUACAGGGCUUCCUACACUGACCUCUAACCUCUGCCCUCUAACUAUGGCCCUACUGUAGGCUCCUGUGAAGGUUUAGCUAGUUAUCACUGAUAAAUCAGUCCAUAUUGAUCACUAUAAUUUCACUGCACCACUGAGUGAAGGAGGGAUACACAUAAUUAUUACAAAAUCAUGUCAUGUAAAUUAAAAUAUAUAAAGUGAUGUAUUAUAUAAAAUAUGCAUUUGAGGGUUUUCUCACAAUAUCUUCCCCUGGCAUGUCUACAUCAUUUUCUCCCUCUAGCAUACCGAUUUAUCUCUACGCUGUAUGACUUUAUGAUACUGAUUGCUUUCCGAACCAAACCCAACCAAAUAAAGUGCUUUUGAAUGAUGGACG